AGAAUCCGGGAAAUCAACCUCCCCUAAACCGAACGCGACCGCUGUGUCAAGUCUCCGCGCCCUGGUCAGUUGGUCCAUACAAAAAAGGCCAAUACAGCACCAACAACGAAUGCACACACCGCGUUUUUGUUCAUCAUCAUCCCAACCUUGUCUCGCGUAGUCGGAGCACAACAAAGAGUGUGUGUGUGUGAGAGAGAGAGAGUGAGCAAAGUGGUAAAGAGAAGUGCAUGCGUGUGUGUGUGUGUGUGCGUGGUGAAAAAUGGUACGGAAAGUGUUGUUACUCGCGAUGGUUUUAUGCUUUCCGCUAACGCAACGCGCGCCCGUGUACAGCUGUGUGGGGGAAAGUGCAGAAAAAGAAAUGUAAACCCGCUGCGUGCGUUUGUAGUGGUGAGGAAAAGGCGUCGCUCACGCAUCGCGACCGGUUGACGUUUCAGUCGCGUUCGAAGUGCCGCACUGUGAAGGCAGGCAAAGCGGGGAAAGAGAGCGUGUGGUUCUGUGAGUGGGCAUCCGCACGCAUGAGAGCGGGCCGUGAUAUGCUGUAUGUGUGCGUGCGCUGUGUUUUGUUGGGAUAGUGAUCCAAGUAGCCGCAGCAAGAAAUCAAUCAAUCUAAACUUUGAAGAAUCUACCGCUAACGAUAAGGCUCGUCUUGUGAAUUUGUGCCGUGUGUAGGGAAGUGCAAACAUUGCCCAACGAAAUAUAUGCAAAACGAAUCGAAAGAAUCGAAGGUGGUUUAAGAAGCGGACGAAAUAAACAUAGCGAAAUGUCCAGCUGGGCCCAGCGGAUGCACCGCCGGGCGGCGACCUUCGGCAGCGUGGUAACGUCCUGCGGCCAUCCCGGCACACCGUACCCGAACCGGCUGGAGAAGGUGAAGUUCGGGGUGCCGCUGGAGGAUGUGUGCAAGAACGAUAUCCCCGGACCGUUGCUGGUGUUGAUACUGAAGCUCAACAAGGAGGCACCGUGCCGGAAGGAUGUGUUCCGGGCGCCGGGCAACCAGGGCGCGAUGAAGAAGCUGAUCCACUUCCUGCAGCAGGGCCGGCUGGUGAACGUGGACAACUAUUCGGUGUACACGAUCGCGAGCGUGCUGAAGAAGUUCCUGCGCAAGAUACCGGGCGGUGUGUUUGGCCGGGACGGUGAGGCCGAGCUGUUCCAGAUAGUGGACCUUGACGAUGAGGUGCAGCAGCAGGAGAAGAUUCACAGACUACUAAUGUCACUGCCAGGCCACACGCAGCGUUUGCUGGUGUUGCUGUUUGGAACAUUCCGCGUGAUCGCCAGCAACUCCGAACGGGCCGAAACGGGUAUGACGAGCGAAGCGCUGGGAGUCUCGGUGGCGCCCAGCUUCUUCCAGUCGUGCGUUAGCGACGGCAAGACGGCACGCAUGAAGGAUGUGCUACGAUUUAAGGUGGCGACCAAAAUAAUGAAGCAGAUGAUUGAACAAUUCACUGCCUGUGAUCUGUUCGGGCGCGUCAACUAUGAGUAUUAUGCACGGGUAACCGGGCGUGUCCUGCGAGUGCAAGACGAAUGGAUAUGCUCGUUUCGUUAUCCACCACCGCCACGGGGCAAAACAGCACAACAGCAUUAUGCGCUAAAACUAGCUUUAGAGACCGAAAAAACCUGGCUACAGUGUGAAUGUGAACGAUGGGGUCUAAUCGCGCAGGAGGAAUCGCAUUCAACGCCGGCCCUAUUGACCACGGGCGGUCCGAACGUAGGUAACUCGGCUGUAUCUCUCGGCAUCAUUCCAGAGCACUCAUUGCUUGAAUCAUGCGCUCGGCUUUCUGUGUCGCUUGAAGGCCCAGGGAUAUUCAAUGUGCAAAAGUCCAGCUGCUCCUCGUCGUCCCAUUCGUCAUCGUCCAAUACACGGUCCGGUUCGCAGCAUCACAUGACCAUGGACGAACUGCGGGCCGUUAAUCGGUACGCGGAAAGUACCAAGAGCCUUUCCUACCUGCCGCAGGUGCACGAACGGCAAGCGGCAAGGAUGCGCACCCGAUCCGAGUGGUUCCUGGGGGCACGGGGCAGCUCGCUCGAACUGUGCCACGACGGUACCGGCUCGUUGAUGCAUCCACAGAUUGUCACCUCGACACCGAUCCCGGGAGCGAUCGGUCACGGCCACCAUCAUCCGCACGGAAUAAUCGGUACCUAUGCUAGUAUAGAUAAUUUGAACGAUGUCGAUGUUAACCAAGACCAUGAGAACCACCAUCAACAUCACUGCCACUACAAGCAAUACCAUUACAAUCAUUACAACACACACGAUCAUCAUCCACACACACCACCGGAAGUGCAAAUGUCCAGUGAUCCUCAUUCGCCUCGCUGCACCGCUAUUAAUAAAGAACACUUCGCUGCACCGAGCGCUAGUAACAGCAGUCGAGUGUGCUUAUCAAACGAUCGUCCUUCCCAUGCAUCUAAUGCCCCUUCAGCUUGUGGUGACUCUUUGUGCUUCCCUGGGACAGAGCAUCAAACGCAUCGCAAUAGUGCGUCAUUAGAAAAGCGCUACACGGAUAACGAAAAGCUCGGACAUCUUUCCGACGAGGAUAACAACUUUCCCACACCGCCCAGCAUGAGUACCGACGAUGACGACGAGGAUCUGAUGAUGGUGCACGACGACGAGAUCGAUGGGGAUGAAAAUGAUUUUGCAAUCUCCCAGAGCCAUCAUUUCGAUAUGCGUGCCGAGAAUCGGCGUCGUCGUCGGCGACGUGCCUUGCUGCGGCGCAACUCGUACGAUCGGAUCGUAGAGUCGGGAUCGUUCCUUCCGGGGGACGACGGACCGUGCGCGAAACCGGCCGCUUCUACCGCUGCCCACGCUCGUCCUAGUGACGACGUACCGAGCGGAUCCGGUCUCGCCAGGCGCCCAGUAUCUGCUCCAACCACGGGAGCGACAAAGAGUAAACCCAGACCCCUGCUGCCACCAUCCGGUCGCUCGCGGGAAGAAGAAGGAAUGCAUGCCAUGACUAAUCCUAACACUGUUGUUACCGCUUCUACCUCACUCAGUAAUGUCACCACCACCACCACUCCUAAUCCAUCCUCCCGGCGUCCCUUGGUUGCAUCGCCAAAUGAUAGCACGCUCGCUGGCCGCAAAAGUCAUAAACGGCGCAACAGCAACGUCAGUCAAUCGUUUUCGGUCGGAAACGGAAAUUCUACAACGCUUUCGCGUCAAAGCAAUCUUUCGAUGAUUGUGUUUUCCGUGUUAGAUUUUCUGUUCUAAACACACAAACACCCUUGAUGGUGUUUUACUGUGUUUGAGGAAGUUUUAGAGAGCGAAAUGCAGCAAGUUUUGCAGGAAUGAGAAUGAAUGUGGUGGCGAGCUGUGUGUGUGCGUGUUUUUUUUAUCAAUUAUUUCUAUUGUAUAUUAAUCGCACGCUACAGAUUAAUUGUAUGUGUAAUGAAUGUGCGUAAUUUUGUUUUAAUUUUAUUGGAGUUUUAUUUGUUUUAACAUAGCCAAUGGAACAGGCGAAAGGGGACAGGAAUGGAAAGGAGAGAUUUUUCUUUUAGGAUAGUAAUGAUUCUACUCGUGAUUUCACAAUAAUUAUACAAAAUGAUAAGAGGAGAUAUAUUAUUUAUUCGUCUACUCGUUGAAAAGAUGUAUUUUGACUUCCAUCAACUAAGAGAAAGGGAAAACAAUGAGCACAACAUG